AUGAGAAGUGAAGAAGAGCACGGCAUCCUCCCCACUGAAGCAAAGGGAGGACGAGAGACGAGCGAGGCAGGCCGAGAUGGACUCCAUGGGGCGCGCUCCCUCUCUCCCUUCCCGUCGCGGUCUACCCCUGGUCUCUCCCCGGUCUCGCGCCGUCGAUCGGGGAGCAAGGCUCUACGCCUCCGAGCAUCCUUCGUGGGAGCGCAGCUGUGGGAGCGCAGCUGUGGGAGCCCGGGUGUGGGAGCACGGCCGCGCGCGUCUCGGGUGUUCCGAGCUCCCCUCAGCGGAAAGGAGGGGGAUGCCUCGUUCUCGCCUCUUCGUGGAAGGGGGAAGCGCGCCGUGGAGGAAGCGACCGAUGUGACGCGGCAUUACGAUUUUCCGGUGGCCCGAAGUUCGCUUCAUCGGCAAAACAUCCUCAAGCGGAGACCCGACAACUGGGGAGGAGGAGGAGGAGGAGGAGUGGCGGAGGAGGAGGAGGAGGAGGAGGAGUGGCGGAGAAGGGAGGCAGCGGAGGCAGUGCUGGGUGGGCUGAGAGUGAACGGAGGAAGCGGGGGACACGAAGUGGAAAUUGUAUGA